AUGAAUUUGUACGACCUGGUGAGAAGUAACUCGCAUGAAGAGAUAUCUCGUUUGGAUCACCCGGAGUUCAACCGAUUCAGGGCAGUUGCAUACAUAAACAUGGGGAAGUUUGGAGAGGCUUUGAAGUAUGCGGAGAAGAGAUCUUUUGAGAGAGCUUAUGCAUUGUACAAGUUGAAGAAAUACAAAAAAGCAUUGAGGAUUUUGAGGUACUUGGAUACCGAAGGGAGCAAGGUUCUUGCUUCUCAAUGUCUAUACUAUCUGGGAUAUUACAACACGGCUUACAAAGUGCUUUCUGAAAUUAAGAAGGAUGAUGAGAUUGUGAUCAACCUUCAAGCUAUGAAAAGCUUGGCAAUAUUGGCCGACAAGAACCAAUAUACGUUUGGAAACAAAUUCCAGCUCAGAAAAAAGGACGACCUUGUGGAGUUUGAGGACUUAACAAGAUAUCACUUUAGUCAGAAUGAAAGCCGGGUAGACUUCAUAUUUAACCUGUCCUUUGAAAACCUUUCGAAGGAAGAGACAUUUGUAAACUUUCUUUCAAAUCAAUUGGAAAGGCGAGAGAUGGUGGGAACAAUUGUAGAGGAGCAGCUGAAGAAUGUUAAGGGAGAAGAUGCGAAUGCUAAUGUGCUUCUGAGAAACCAGAGGGAAACAGUCGAAUUUAAUACCGGUGCCAUAUCAAGAUUUUCGAAUCCACUACAUUUCCAGAAGAACUUCCCGGGAUCCGGUACACCAGAAGAAAUGAUGAAGGGAAACGAAUGCUUAUGGAUCGAAAAGGUCUAUAACAGCGACUUUGGGAUCAAGGCCGAAGAAAUUCCUCUGUUUUCUCCAAAGAUGAUACUUCUUCGAAUUCUUACCUUGUGUAAGAAUGGGCGUUUUCCUUCCAAAAAAUUACUGGGCAGAGUUAGAAACUGGCCCGAGGUGCCGAUCAAAAGAUAUCUGGAAGUCCUGGAUUCCGAAACUCCCCCUUCCAAGGAGUUAUAUAUUGGAAUGUCAAAAGAUAUAAUGAAUUAA